AUGUUCGAGGGCCGUCACGCAUCAGACAGAUACCGCCUCCAUCUACAUCGCGCACGCUCAGUCGUGUUGACGAGUGCAGAGCUGGUCGAGAUCCGCGCAGCACAGCGAACAUUCGAAGGCGCAUACGUCCGCACGGCAAUCGGCCAAUUUUCUUUUGCACUCGUCGUACUAAAGAUCUUCACCGCCGAGUUCUAUUCGAUCGGUGCGUUGUUCGCGGUCUAUGGUGCUGGCAUCUUGUUUAUCAGUUUGUUUCGACGACAGCAUGGAAACAAACAGUUCUUUGCAGAAGUCGGUGAGGAUGGCCUGCACAGGAAGAAAUUUCGAACAUCCGGCAACGUGGUCACUGUGUUGACCGCGUUGAGCGUCUCAGCAUACGUAUGUCUGCUGGUACUGACGCUGAAGCUUGCCAUGUAA